AUUUGCAAAGGUAUUUCUAUGUGGACCAAUGGCAACAAUCUUCCAAAUAAGAGAGGCGUGAAGAAUCGCCAUCUUGUUAUUAUGUUAGGAACAUUUAGGUUGGAUUAGUUUUGUAUCUUUUCUACGGUUUUAUUUGAUAGUAAUUCUAACAUUUCUUUUAUGUGAGAGCCGGGCUUUAACCCGUCGUCCUUACAAGGUGAUUGAAAGGAAUGUGUUUAUGUUGAAAUUCUUCUGUGUGUGAGUGUUGGUGUGAUUGAGUAAGAUGUCUACGUUAUCGUCUUCGGCUGAAGCAGCCCAGCUGCUAGACUUCAAUCAGAAGAUGGACAUCAAUCUUCUCGAUAAAGUCGUAACAGCCAUGUACACUGGGAUCGGUGAACAGCAACGAGUGGCGCAAGAACUGCUGACGACGCUGAAAGAGCACCCGGACGCGUGGACGCGAGUGGACACCAUCUUAGAGUACUCGACCAACCAGCAGACCAAGUACUUUGCGCUGCAGAUUCUCGAGCAGGUGAUCAAGACGAGGUGGAAGGUGUUGCCACGCAACCAGUGUGAAGGCAUCAAGAAGUACAUUGUCGGCCUCAUCAUCAAGACCUCGUCCGUGCCUGAGACGCUCGAACGCGAGAAGAUGUAUCUCAACAAGCUGAACAUGAUAUUGGUUCAGGUGUUGAAACGGGAGUGGCCGAAGAACUGGGAGUCGUUCAUUCCGGACAUCGUGGGCGCCAGCAAGACGAACGAGUCGCUGUGCCAGAACAACAUGGAGAUUCUGAAGCUGCUCUCCGAGGAGGUGUUCGACUUCUCCGGCGGCCAGCUCACCCAGAACAAGGCCAAACACCUCAAGGACAACAUGUGCUCCGAGUUCUACCAGAUAUUUCAGCUCUGCCAGUAUGUCCUGGACAACUCGCAAAACGCCCCUCUGGUUGCCGCCACAUUGGAAACGUUGCUCAGGUUUCUCAACUGGAUUCCAUUGGGAUAUAUCUUCGAGACUAAACUCAUACCAACUCUAAUAUGCAAGUUCCUAAGCGUGUCAAUGUUCCGUAACGUGACAUUGAAGUGUUUGACAGAGAUCGCGGGUGUCACCGUUAUCACAGACUACGACGAAAUGUUUGUUACACUCUUCACACAGACCAUGGCUCAGCUUGAAUCGAUGCUGCCAGUCACGACAAACAUAAAAGAGGCAUACAGCGUAGGCACGAAUGCCGAACAGAACUUCAUUCAGAAUCUGGCCAUGUUCCUCUGUACAUUCCUUAAAGAGCACGGCUUCCAGAUAGAAAAGAAACCGCACCUAUCCGACACACACCUCAAGGCUUUGCACUACCUAGUAAUGAUCUCGGAGGUAGAAGAGGUGGAGAUCUUCAAGAUCUGCCUGGAGUACUGGAACGACCUGGCCGCCGAACUGUAUAGGGAGAGUCCCUUCUCGGCGCAGCACCCCAUUCUGCUGCACAACAAGUACAAUGCCAACAAGACCACCACAAGGCGAUACUUCUACAGUCAUGUGCUGCCCAAGGUUCGAUACAUAAUGAUCAGCCGCAUGGCAAAGCCGGAGGAGGUGCUGGUGGUGGAGAACGACAACGGGGAGGUGGUGAGAGAGUUCAUGAAGGACACUGACUCGAUCAACCUGUACAAGAACAUGCGCGAGACGCUCGUCUAUCUGACGCACUUGGACUAUGCCGACACCGAGCGAGUCAUGACCGAGAAGCUCCAGAACCAGGUCAACGGCACCGAGUGGUCCUGGAAGAACCUCAACACGUUGUGCUGGGCGAUUGGCAGCAUUUCGGGCGCGAUGCACGAAGAUGACGAGAAGCGGUUCCUGGUGACUGUGAUCAAAGACCUGCUGGGGCUGUGUGAACAGAAGAAGGGCAAAGACAACAAGGCCAUCAUAGCCUCUAACAUUAUGUACGUCGUCGGCCAGUAUCCGCGCUUCCUCAAGGCGCACUGGAAGUUCCUCAAGACAGUUGUCAACAAACUCUUCGAGUUUAUGCACGAGACACACGACGGUGUGCAGGACAUGGCUUGUGACACAUUCAUAAAGAUAGCGAUCAAGUGCAAGCGUCACUUUGUGAUGGUGCAGACGGGGGAGGUGGUGCCCUUCAUCGACGAAAUACUCGGCACCAUCAACACCAUCAUAUGCGAUCUGCACUCGCAACAGGUUCAUACGUUCUACGAGGCGGUGGGUCACAUGAUCAGUGCUCAGGUAGAUCAAGUGCAACAAGAAGUGCUCAUAGAAAAGUACAUGCGACUUCCAAAUCAAAUUUGGGAUGAAAUUAUCAACCAUGCAGCCAAAAAUGUAGAUUAUUUGAAAGAUCCGGAAGGUGUAAAACAGCUGGCGGGUAUUUUGAAAACGAACGUGAGAGCUUGUAAAGCGUUGGGGCAUCCUUUUGUGGCUCAACUGGGACGUAUCUACCUGGACAUGUUGAAUGUGUACAAAGUCAUGGGUUCAAACCUGAUCUCGGCGAUAGCACUGAACGGCGAGGUGGUCACCAAGCAGCCGCUCAUCAAGAGCAUGCGCGUCGUCAAGAAAGAAACACUCAAACUCAUCUCCGACUGGAUCAGUCUCUCCACUGACCAUCAAAUGGUGCUGGAGAACUUCAUUCCGCCGCUGCUGAACGCAGUGCUGAUGGACUACAACCGGUGUUCUGUAGCAUCCGCCCGCGAGCCCGAGGUCCUCUCCGCAAUGGCAACUAUUGUCAACAAGCUGGAAGAUCAUAUCACCAGUCAGGUGCCGAAAAUCUUCGACGCGGUGUUCGAGUGCACCCUGGAGAUGAUCAACAAGAACUUUGAGGAGUUUCCGGAGCAUCGCACCAACUUCUACCUGCUGCUGCAGGCCGUCAACAACCACUGCUUCCCGGCCUUCCUCAGCAUUCCGCCAGCACAAUUCAAGCUGGUGCUCGACUCCAUCAUAUGGGCGUUCAAGCACACCAUGCGCAAUGUCGCUGAUACCGGCCUUAAUAUUUUGUACCAACUGCUGUUGAACGUGAAGCAACACGAGCAGGCGGCCAGGAGUUUCUACUGCACCUACUUCACAGACAUACUGCAGCAUGUAUUCUCUGUGCUCACUGACACCUCACACACUGCCGGCCUGAACAUGCACUGCACCAUCCUGGCGUACAUGUUCCGACUGGUCGAGUGCAGUAUGCUGGGAGUGCCCACAGGCCAGGGCACGCCCGCCGAGAAUGUGCAGUUUGUGCAGGAGUUUGUCGCCAACCUACUAAAGAACGCCUUCCCCCACCUCACCGACAACCAGAUCAAGAUCACCGUGCAGGGCAUGUUCAACCUCAACCAGGACAUUCCCGCCUUCAAGGAGCAUAUGCGCGACUUCCUCGUACAGAUCAGGGAGUACACGGGCGAGGACGAUUCAGACUUGUUCUUGGAGGAGCGAGAGGAGGCACUGCGCAAGGCGCAGGAGGAGAAGCGUCGCAUCCAGAUGUCGGUGCCGGGCAUCAUCAACCCACACGAGCUGCCCGAAGAGGAGAUGCAGGACUAACAUCACACCACUGGAGAUUCCAGUAUUUUCAACAACAAAACAAUACUGCAAAGCUGCUAGAACUGUUAUUCUUCUGGGGGUUCGUGUGUGAGAGUCAAAAAAUGAAGAAGAGGGGGAAGAAGAAGACUGUCGACGAUUGUUACCGGUGGUUUUAGAGAGGGUGUGAAGUGUUGGGGGGGGGUGUUUUUUGGUGGAAAAGUAGGGGAGGCACACAAACCAAUAUCAGAGACAAUUCACACCUGAUGUAGAACCCUCUUAAAACAGUGUUUGAUACUUUUUCUUUGUUAUCAAUUUAUUUUUCUAAAAUUGAUUUGUGAACUACUACUGUUGUUGUAUCAUUGAUUUCAAGUGAUGAAACAAACCUCUUUUCACAAAUCCAGUUUAAAGAAUACUCCGUGUUUUAAAAAUUAAUCAGGAUAGAUAAAAAUUGUGUCACUAUAAUUUCGACCUUUUGAGUUCGAAAAUCCUGGUUAUAGACUGUCCCGUGUAUUAGAAAUUAAUUCAGGGUAGAUUAAAACUUUCACUUGAUAAAAUUUGCUUCAUUUUCAUGUGAUGAUGAAAUUUCAGAGGUUUCUGUGUUUUUUUAUCUAAUAGGAACUGUCAAGUGAGAAUAAUGUUAUCAUUUUUUAUGUUUGAGAAAGUAAUUCAGUAGGUUUACGUAUUGUGCUGGAAUACUUGUCGUUUUUAAUAGAAUAAUAAUUCUGGUGUGGAAUUCUAUUGAAUAUUUGAUCUAAAUGAUGUCACCAGAAGGACCUCUAAUGGUGUAAUUUUUUCGGCAUUUUUUGUCAUUUUCUUUCAAAACUAUUUGCAAUUUAUUUUGCUUGAUAUCUAUUUUUCGAUAUUAAUUUUGUAGUAAGUUACUGUAAUGAGUGGAGUGAGGCAAAAUUUGAAGGCCUUUAAUGUUGAUAGUUGGUCGAGUUUUUUAUAAUAAUGAUAAUAAUUUAGUACAUAUUUUUUUGAUUUUGUAAAAAUAGUAUAUUGCAAUUUAGUUUGAAAAAAGCGUUUAGUACUUUGUUUUUUUGUAUUUUUUUUUCACAAAUAUAGUGAAAAUAGACUUGCACAUAAUAUUUAUGCGUUUAUGAUGUAUUUGUUGUAAUUUUUCGUCGUCAUCUGCAAUCAGAAAUUCGAUUUCGUUUGUGACUGAUGAUGGAAAUUGAUAUAUUAUAAAUUGAGCGUAGUUAAUGAGAAUAAAUUUUCUUAUUGUUAAUCUUAUGUUUUUGUUAUUUUCGAAAAAUUUCCUUGGAGGAUGAUUGAAUGAGAGGCGUGUUUGGUUUUUUAGAUUGCUUAAAUUCCAUUCAACUAAAUCUCCAAUUUUGGGCUUAGGGUUGAACUAACUAUCCAUUUACACUCCUUCAAAAUAAUACAAUCUUCAACUAUAAUUUAAUAAUAAUUUGACAAUAAAUAACUUAAUAAUUUGACAAUAAAAAUAUUGAGAAAUUGAACUCCUAACCUGUUCUUCGAACAUAUCUGGAGUUUAAAAUCGCUAUUAUAAAAAUAUGCUCCCCCUUACGGAUUAAAGGUUUUGUAAUAAUAUUGCUAAAUGAGUCUCUUCCCUAAACUAUCAUUUUUUAGUUACUUGACUCAGGCCCGGUUGCUGAUUGAUUUGAUUUCUACAGAUUUAUCAUACUUGCAGUAUAUCAAGCCUUUUUCACUAUUGUAAUUAUUAUGAUUUCCUAAAACUUGCAUAAAAUGCUAAUAUUUCUGUUCAAUGAUUGAAUUCAGCUUUGGAAUUCCAUAUUUCUCCCAUCUAUUUAAUUUCUUCAAUGACUAUCUACUAUUUGUUACAUAGACCAUCAUAUUUUUUAUCCAAACAAUUUCCAUAUAAUCCACUGAUUUCGGGUUUUUCUUGGCAAACUAACAACAUUCAGUGCAAAGUUAAAUUGUUAACCAUUAGACAUGAUGUUAAACUAGGAGCUAGAAGUAGUUUAGUAUUGUUAGACAGCUUACUAGAUUUUUUCUGUUCUAUAAUAGCGCAUAUUGUUUUCAAGCUAUUAGUUUUUUUUCUUCAAAUAAUUUAUUGUUUUUACUUAGUUCUUUUUGUUUUAUAUUGUUAUCAAGCUAUUAGAUUUUUCCUUCGAAUAAUAUUGAUUGUUUUACUCCCUGCCAGUGUUUGUUGUGCCUCCACUUCGACAGCAUCAGUAUGAAAGAAUACGUUGUGAUGUGCAACAUCGGUGGUGAAAAUCUUUUGAAAAAAGAGCGGUACCGUACCUGAUGCUUAUUUGCGGAGCUAGAGAUGUGUGUGGAUGUAAAACGGCGGACGAUACAUGAGUAAAUGCGUUGCAAAUCUGAGAGUGUGAUAGGUCGGUCAUCAUUUCUGUGAGUUUCCUCUGUGAGGAUGUUGCGAAAGUAGUGUAUCAAGUGAGCGGACUAUCUGUAAAACCAUGCGCGAGACAAACUGAUGAAAAAACAUUGAAGUUUACGCUAAACUGACAGUUUUUUGUUUCAAAUUUUUUUCCUAAGCUUAACAAUAUUAUUGUAAAGAUGAAGAUAGUAUGGUGAUGAUUAUUAAUGAUAAAUAGUGUGUAAAAUGAUGACAUUUGAUAGAUUCUUUUUUCGAAAAAAUGUUUGUUGUCUUUCUCUAGGAUGGUGAAUGUAUAAGUCUGUGUGUUGUUGUAUUUGUGAAGGGUGGUGUACGUGUAGGUAUUAUCCUUAUGAAGGGUGAAAAAAUCUACUAGUAAACAUUUUUAGAAAGUUUCAAGUUCAAUAGGUGAUGAUAACUACUAUUUAUGCUGCAUUACAAUAUACAUAUAUCAUUAAACUAUUUUUGACUGUAAAUUUCAAUAAAACUUGGGUAUAAUGUGAGAUGUUGGAACAGUGUUUGUUUUGAAAUCAUGAUUAUUGUAACGUCUGACUGAAAAGAAAGUAAUGCUGGUUACUUUUCUGAGAGCGCCUGUAUGAUUGUGAGAGUGUGUGCAAGUUGAUGAAACCAAAUUAUGUUGAGAUUAUCUUAUAUGAAUGUAAAUAUAUUUGGAGAAAAA